AGUCAGCGGUCUACAUCAAGGCGUCUUGCCACUUCGUGUCCUAUAACCAAGAUGUCAAGUUCGAUUUUAUCUGCAGUCUUUCUGCUUUCUUUUGUUUGCAGCGGACUUGCUACAGUAUGUGUGAACAGCUAUCACGGCCGCUGUGUAGACAUUUCUCAUGGUUGUAACUCGGGCGAGAGCUACAGCCUAAAUUACUGUGGAUUCCUAGAGAUGUGUUGUCUCUCUCCUUCCGGUUCCGGUAGCGGAAGUAGUUCCAAUGGAACCUCUUCUGGCAGUUCUCAUGGGGUCAGUGGUGCCACCUGUGGAACAAGCAAUAUCGGGUCCACUCACACCAACAAGAUUGUCGGAGGAACCAACGCCCAACACGGGGAGUUCCCCUGGCAG